AUGUUAUCUCCAGUUCUAGUCACUGUAUCCCCGCAAGAGGCCAAAACACCACGGAAGUGCAAACUGUCCCUGGGACUCGCCGGCUCGUUUCCCUUCGCCGCACCGCUGGCUCGCACCUGCCGUCGCAGCCUGACGCCGGGGCUGACCCCACCCCAGCUCCAUCCCUGCCAGUCAGGAGGCAACAGGACGUAUUCCCUCCAGGGCUCGGCACGGCGCGGGCACUGCCCUCCUUCCCGCAGCAGCAGGGCUGGCCCUCGCCCGGCAGAGUCCCGGGCUCCCGAGAGGCGAGGGACGCGGCAGCUGCUGGGGAGGACCGAGCCCCCCCGGGUGACUCCCGCGGCCGGGCAGGGGCCGCGCUGUCGGAGCGCUUUCCACCGCCAUUUGUCUCCCAUCUCUUCCCGUUCGCAAGAGCACCUGCUGCUGCGCAACCCCUUCCCCGCCCGCUCCAGCGCCACCUCCCCCUGUGCGCUGCCCGAUGAGCUGAGUGGGGCCGGGGGCGGGAGGCGCCGCCGCUGCCCGUGGGGCCGAGCCGGGCCCUGGCUGGGCGGGCGGGGGCACGGGGUAAGCGCGGAGGUGCGGGAACGCCUGUCCGCACCGCCCGCACCGGGCAGAGCCCAGCGCCCGCCCGAGGGGGCGCUCAGCGCGGAGGCGGCAGCGCUGCUCCCCUCGGAGCCCUUAGCGCCGCAGCCCCUGGGCCUGGCGGGCUCAGGGAUGUUCGGGCACCGGCGGGCGCGGCCGCGGGCAGCAGGGCCUGCGGCGGUGCCCCCUGGUGACUUGAGGCCAGGAGCUCGCGUUGCGCUGGGACAAGGGCGCCACGUUCCUGCAUAUUUCGUCCUUUAUUUUGUACAAGUGACAUCACAACCUUCAGCUGCUGCUCAGGAGUCUUGCAACGUAUGGUAUGUGAACUUAGAAGCCAUUCUAGAGUGGGAAUGUGUCAUUGAAAAGGCAAAGUGGACAAUUGGGAAACUGCACUGUCCAUUCUGUGAGGCUUGCUUAGGGGGCUUUAACUUUGUUUGCAACAAAAGAUAUUCCCAUGGACAGUUAGUAAAUAUACAUUUCUGCAAAACUCAAGCUGACUCUCAACCAUCUUUCUCUGAUAAAUUGUCAAAAUCAUCAGGAAAACACGUGCCUGUCCUCAAAAUGCAGUCUAGUUUUAGCAAGCAUACCUGCCAUGAAGUGGUAACUGCAACUUUAGAAAUCAAAAAUCAAGGGCUUUCCUAUGUGGCCAGAAAUAAUAACCGUUCUGGAAGAUUAACAGAAGCACUUUGUCUAGAAGUAAAAUCUCCAAGACGUGAGAUGAAAAGUAAAAAACUUCCCUUAAAGGCAUUAAACCAAAACAGAAAUCUCUCUUCUUCCUAUUCUAUGAAUAAUGCAUGUACUGUAAAACCUCUUCACAUAAGAUCACAUAGUUUGGAUUUGCAUAUUAGAGAGAGACUGGUUUUUUCACCAGUGUUAUAUGAAACUUGCAGUAUGGGAACAAUCAUCGGCCAAAAUAAAAACCCACAUGCUUAUGCAUAGGAUGGCUUGCAGUAAGAAAUUGGUAGUUCUUUUCAGGACCUGCAUAGUUCCAGUGCUGACAAACUACAAAACCAAUUUUGAAUUACAUCAUUUACCACAUUACUAUACAGAGGAACAGAAAGUGAGUUUGGAGCUCAUGGGCAAUCUUCUGCGAGUGUCGUUGCUGAUAGGUCACCAUUUGUGAUGAAACUUUCUUCACCUACAAGGGCUGUAUAACACAAAGAUUGCAUCACAGCUGUUGGUCUUGUACAGCCUACAAGUAUUUCCUUCAAUCAAAAGCUGAGAAGAAAAAGAAGCAAGUUGAAAAGCUUGAGGAGAAAGCAAAGGCGGCGAGAACGAUAGGUACGGAAGCAAUCUGGAAAUGGUAACCUGCAUAAAGAUGAUGAGCAGGAAUUCAGAAGAGAUAAAGACAGCUAUCUCUGUGCAGUAUUUAUUUCAAUCCUUACAUGUCACCACACCUUUUGUGAACCUGGCUGAAGGAUCCUUGCCAAAGACAAUCCAACCAGCACUUCAUGUCCACUGCGUCACACUACAGUUGCCAGAGUAUUUUUCCAAACAGCUAAAAAAAGGAAAAUCUAUUUGAAGCUAAAGGAAAAUUUUCAAAAAUCAAAUUCUGCAAAAUGGCCUCUACCAAGCUGUAAGAAGGCCUUCAGAGUUUUUGAAGCAGAUUUUCAAAGAUGCUCAGAUACUGUAACGAGGAGGCAUUUCCCACAUGCUGCGCACAGGAUGGACUAUAUGGACUUCGAGGAUGAUAGCUGUGGAUGGAGGUUUGAUAUGGACAUGGUGAUAAUCUACAUUUAUUCAGUCAACUGGAUAAUAGGAUUUAUUGUUUUCUGUUUUCUUUGUUAUUUUUUUUUCCCUUUCUAG